GGAGCCCAGAGGAGGCGGAGCCCAGAGGAGGCGGAGCCCAGAGGAGGCGGAGCCCAGAGGAGGCGGAGCCCAGAGGAGGCGGAGCCCAGAGGAGGCGGAGCCCAGAGGAGGCGGAGCCCAGAGGAGGCGGAGCCAGAGGAGGCGGAGCCCAGCUGGAGGAAGAGGUUCCUUCUGGCUCCGAAUUUCAUGGGUGUCGAAUUUCUCUGCAGUUACAGAGAGGGAUUAGAGACAUUUACAGUGAGAUUGCUGCACGAGGAAAAAGCCCACCCUGACAAACAAGCCAGUCGCUUAACAAGAAGCCAGAGUUUUUAUUUGAUGGCAGGGCAACAACAACAAUGACGACAACAACAACAACAAAAACCCUGCAAGAUUCGGGGCUGAGAGAGGCAUGGUGGCCCUUCUGACCCGGGAGCAAGCCAGCACUUUACUGGAUUGGUUAAAGCUGGUCUGGUGAAAUAGAUUCUGUCGCACUUUGACAUGAGCUCUUUGCUUUUCCCAACUCAGUACCAGGUUUUAAAGAUCUGUUUCUCAGCUGUCUAGAAUGUUUCCAUUCCUUCAUAAUGGAAAAUAAUCGUGACCUUUCUUUUAAACAAAAAAUCACUGCCUUGUAGAUCCGGGAAGCGAACAAGGAUAACACAGUUUUGCGUGGCUGACGCGGCGUAUCUGAGGCAUCAAACACUGCCCCAGUAUAAACACACGAGAGCCGGGUCCUUGCUGUUAGGCCUCUGCUGAGAUCGAUUGCAAGCUAGGGGUUGGAAAGCAAGUAUCAUUCUGGAACCAUGGUUUACCAACAGUUUCAUUUUCCCGAGGCAACUUUCCGGUAGCAAGCUGGGAAAAGCGCAACCAGUGCUCAACUGGAGGAGGACUGCAUUAGGCAUGAUUUUUUUCUUUUUUUCUUUUCAAAGUACUGGCUCUCACAAAAGUUACUUUCAUAGACUGCACGCAUAACGUAUUUGGGCCUGGCUCACCCAACCUGCAAAAUGUUAUUUUGAUUAAAGGAGGGAAAGAGAGCCCACAAAAUUUUUGAGCUGCCCAUCGUACCUUGGUGGGUGGCUUUCUGGGAGGAGGGGAUUAGUGGGGUGGGAAGCUGCUUUUGCCUCCUAGUCUUUCCUAAUGGACUAUUAAAAGUGUUUAAUAACCUCAUUUUUUCAAGGCCCGGGCUCUUUUUUCGGUGAUGGAGGAAAAAAGGCCUUGGAAGCUCCAUUCCCUAUCUCCCGGAGCGGUUUGCCUCCUGGACCUCCCAGCCACCUCUCCGCUUCCGUUCUGGAAAAAAAAAAAGGCCCAAACUGAUGCAGAAUCUGGACCUCAUGGAGACAGGGAGCCUUGAGGAGCAUCCGGAUCGCCCACCACCCUGUGCAGGCGCCCCGGUGGGGUGGGGUGGGGCGCGGGGAGGCGCGGGCUCCGGGGGCCGCGGGGCAGCAGCGAAGCGGUUAAGCGGCAGCCGGCGGGCGAGCGGGCAGGGCGGAGGCGCGCAGGAGCGGCGCCCGCGGCAGCCCCGGCGGCAGCUGCGGCGAGCGGAGCGGGGAGCGAGCGGGCCGCGCCCAGAGACCCGCAGAGAAAGGGCAGCGCCGCCGCCGGCUGCCGGCCUCGGCGCGGUUAAUCACGCGCUCCCCUCUCGCUGCUGAUUUGCGAGAGCAGAUUAAUCAGAGAGCGCGGCUUGAUGAAAUUUGCUGUUAUUGUGCCCAUUUUUAGCAACAUCUUUUAUUAUCUUCAUUAUUCAUUUACAGGGGACCGGCAUCAAUUAUGCAAAUGAGUUCACAGACUUUGCAGAUUACUUCAUUUGCCGCUAUUGUUUGUGGAAAUUUAAUUAUUAAAUAUUAUUAAGCUUGCGUUUUCUUCAAUUUUCCAAGGCUUAGUUUCAUUUGAUUUUUCCUCCAGCUGCUCGUCGCUCCUUUCGGUGCCAAAACUGUUCCUCAUCAAAGCGGCUCUGGCAUGUGAAGACCAAAUAAAAUCUCCUCAAUUUAAUAAUUUUGAUGUUAGUCCCUUGUUCUCAGCUGCUUGCUCAAAGCAAUGCAGAGAGGAACGCAGAGCACAUUCAGUUUAAUGAGCAGAAAUUGAAUUCAAGUUUGUUCGGAAUUGACUUCAAUUAAGCAGAGUCUUAAUGAUAAAUUAAUCUCUUUUCUUUAUUCCCUAGAAUUUGUUUUUCAAAGUAGGAAAUUGGACUACAUUGAAAGACCAAAUAAAGAAUACCAAUUUUAACUAGAUCAUG